AUGUCGGAAACCGCACCUGCCCCGCCAGCUACUGCUCUCCCGGCGGAGAAAACACCGGUAAAGAAAAAGGCCCGCAAGUCCGUAGGUGCCUCCAAGCGCAAGGCAUCCGGACCUCCGGUGUCCGAGCUCAUCACCAAGGCGGUGGCCGCCUCCAAGGAGCGCAGCGGUGUGUCCCUGGCCGCGCUCAAGAAGGCGCUGGCGGCCGCCGGCUACGACGUGGAGAAGAACAACAGCCGCAUCAAGUUGGGCCUGAAAACCCUGGUGAGCAAGGGCACUCUGGUGCAGACCAAGGGCACCGGCGCUUCCGGCUCCUUCAAGAUAAACAAGGCAGCCUCUGGGGAAGCCAAGCCCAAGACCAAAAAGGCUGGCGCCACUAAGGCGAAGAAGCCGGUCGGCGCAAAGAAGCCCAAGAAGGCGGCGGCAACCCCGAAAAAGAGUGCCAAGAAGACCCCUAAGAAGGCGAAAAAGCCGGCAGCCGCUGCUGGGGUCAAGAAAGUGGCCAAGAGCACGAAAAAUGUGAAAGCAGCCAAACCCAAGAAGGUGGCGAAGAGCCCAGCUAAGGCCAAGGCAACCAAGCCGAAGGCAGGCAAGGCCAAGAAGGCAACCCCAAAAAGGAAGUAA